AUGGCUUUAUUGAUUCGGCGCGUCACUUGUCUUGGCUGUGCGACUUCAAAUAAAUUCGGGAGGACCCUAUAUACUAUCAGGCCUGCUUCGACAUGCAAGAAUGUCGAGACCGACCUCCUCAUCAUCGGCUCCGGCGGCGCCGCCAUGACCGCUGCUCUCCGCGCGAAGCACCAUGGACUCUCCCCGCUCAUCGUCGAGAAAGCCUCCCGAAUCGGCGGUACCACCGGGUACUCCGGCGGCGGACUCUGGAUCCCGAACUCAGGUCUCCAUCCAGGUGUGCAGGAUAGCAUCGAAGAAGCGCUGAAAUACAUGGAGGCGUUAAUCGGCGAUGCCGGGCCGGCGUCCACGCGAGAACGGAAGUUGGCGUUUCUGGAGAACGGCCCGAAGAUGAUCGGGUUCUUGGCCGGAGAAGGUUUUCGUUGGGUCCCGACGACGGGGUAUCCGGACUAUUAUCCAAAUUUGCCUGGCGGGAUGGCGGGUGGGAGAAGUAUCGAAGGGGAUCGGUUCGAUUUGAAUAAGCUGGGAUCCUGGAAGGGGAAGCUGAGUUCCAACCCGAGGAUGGCGACCAUGCCUUUGCACACGUUUGAGGCUAAAACGUUGUUUCGCGCGUUAAGCUCUCUGGAGGGGAUGCUGAUGGCACUGAAAAUCUUCGGUUGGCGGCGACUAAGCUCCAAGCUGCUUGGUCGUGCUAUUGUAACUAUGGGAGGCACCCUAGCCGGACAGCUUUUGCAUAUAAACCUGGAGAAAAACACACCGAUCUGGACUGACUCCCCCAUGAAAAGGCUGACCGUUGAAAAUGGCAAGGUAACCGGCGCCACGGUCGAGCACGACGGAGCCCUAGUCCACGUCAAAGCAAAGAAAGGGGUCAUCCUCGCCGCGGGAGGCUUCGCCCGCAACGCAAAGAUGCGACAGAAAUACCAAGAAGCCCCCAUCACCGCUGACUGGACCGUAGUGCCUCCCAACAACGACAUGGGCGACGCCAUCACCGCCGCGAUCGAUAUCGGAGCCGCGACAGCACUCAUGGACGACUCCUGGUGGGGCCCCGUGAUUGUCAACCCGAUGACCGGCCAGUCCAACUGGACACAAUACGAGCGCGCACUCCCCUACUCCAUCAUCGUCGAUAAAGGGGGGAGGCGCUUCACCAACGAAGCGCAAUCAUACACCACCUUCUGCCAUGACAUGUACGAGCGCAACCGUACCACCCCAGCUAUCCCUGCCUACAUGAUCGUGGACGCGCGCUUCCGGAAACGUUAUAUCCUCGCCGGAAUAUCUCCGGGGAAGCUCUCCGAGGAAACCCUAGAGUCCGGGUUCGUUACGCAAGCGGACACCUUGGAAUCCCUCGCGAAGAAACUCGACAUCGACGCCGCCGGCCUCCUCGAUACCGUCAAGCACUUCAACACCAUGGCGGUCGCCGGCGUCGACGAAGACUACGAGCGCGGUGGUAGCGCAUACAAUCGGUUUUUCGGCGAUCCGGCUGUGAAGCCGAACCCGAACCUUGGGACCAUCGAGAAGGGACCGUUCAGCGCGGUGAAGAUCCACCCGGGCGAUCUGGGGACGAAGGGAGGGGUGUUGACGGACGAGUGGGCGCGGGCGUUGAGGGAUGAUGGGGGUGUGAUUGAGGGUCUGUACGCGGUGGGGAAUAGCUCGGCGUCGGUGAUGGGAAGGGAGUAUGCGGGGGCGGGAAGCACGUUGGGGCCGGCGAUGACGUUUGCAUAUGUUGCGGUGGAAGAUAUGGUGAGGAAGAAGUGAUACGUAGGUUUAUUGGAUAUAUGGAGGGAAUUGGUCAUCUAGGAUCUAGAUCAUGGAAUACGCAUUCUCUGUUCAUAGCGGUGGGUGAUAAGAUAU